AUGAGCAUUGCCUCCAAUCAGUCUCCGGUGCUUAUCAACCAUACCCAGGCGAAAGAAUUCAGGGAAGUACACUUUACAGAAAACGACGUGGAGCCUGGCUCCAACCACAACGUGGACAAAAUCCACGGCAACGCACCUAAUAACGAUUCUAUCGACACCAAUUUUCAGGCCGGCGUUCAAAAGGCUGAGGCCGUCACAAUCAGCUGGACAAAAACCACAUUGAUUGUAGCUUACAUCGGUAUCUGGCUCGUUUAUUUCUGUCAAGGAAUCAUCACGGGAAUCACCGGAGCCUUGGUUCCUUAUGUCACUUCUGCCUUUGCUGAACAUUCUCUGAUUCCUACCACUGGAAUCCUGAGUCAAGUGAUCGGUGGCGUAACCAACCUCGGCGUUGCCAAAAUUCUAGACAUCUUUGGCCGUCCUCAUGGAUUUUUGUUGUGUGCAUCGUCCUGUACAAUUGGUCUGAUCAUGUCGGCUACUUGCAACAAUGUUGAGGCAUAUGCCGCAUCACAAGUCUUCUAUACCAUCGGCAUCAACGGUAUCGGCUACAUCUUGAGCGUUUUCAUUGCAGACACAACUUCGUUGCGCCAUCGAGGUCUUGUGCAAGCCCUGUGCAACUCCCCAUAUCUGAUCACGUCGUGGAUUGCGGGUCCUAUCUCGACAUCUUUUCUGAACGGGGCAGGCUGGCGCUGGGCCUUUGGAAUGGAAAGCAUUCUCCUUCCUAGCGUUACUCUGCCUUUGUUCGGACUUUUUAUGCUUCAAUAUAUGAAGGCUAAGAAGAAAGGUAUCAUGACAAGCCAGGGUCAAAGGAAGAGGUCGCCAUGGGAAUCUGCCAUGUACUACAUACACGAAUUCGACGUUAUCGGACUACUGCUCAUCUGUGCUGGCUUCGCCUUCUUCCUUCUCCCAUUCAGCCUCUAUACGCAGCAAGCAAAAGGUUGGAGAUCUGCUCUCAUCGUCUGUUUCCUUGUUUUUGGGAUAAUCCUGGUUGGAGGAUUCAUACUGUGGGAGAGAUUCUUCGCUCGGGUUGUCAACAAUCUCUCUGUGACCCGGGCAAGUUACCUCGUACAAGGAGGUAUCAUUGCACAGAUCGGUAUGAACAUUGUCGCUGGGUCAAUAAUUUCGGUUACCGGACGAUAUAAACCUGUCAGUCUAUACUUUGGUUUCCCAAUCAUAGUCCUUGGUACAGGAUUGAUGAUACACUUCCGACAACCCGAUCAACACGUGGGCUGCAUCGCGAUGAGCUACCUCUUUGUCAACUUCGGAUUUGGCAUCUUAAUGCUUACAUUGGAGAUUAGCAUUCUGGCCGCUGCUUCUGCACAACAAUACUUCGCUAUCGCUAUUGCUCUGCUCAAUCUUUUCGCCUACAUUGGCAGUGCUGUUGGUUACACAAUCUCUUCUGCCAUCUGGCAAGCCAUGAUGCCGAAGAAACUUGCUUUGUAUCUUCCUCCUGAAGCCCAGGAAAGUCUUGUCAUGAUAUAUGCCGAUAUAACUCAACAAUUGUCCUAUGAGGUGGGCUCACCUACCCGAUCGGCAAUUCAACGAUCCUACGGAGAUACUUGGCGACUGUUGUUGAUUGCUGCUGUCUCGACCUGGGCUGUGGCGUUUGUGGCGAUUCUCGUAUGGAAGGAUAUGAAUGUCAAGGACGUCAAACAGAACAAGGGUCGUGUUGUGUAA